UUCUCACGAGAUCUCAUGGUUUUAUAAAUGGCGGUUUCGGCUUUUCGGUCUUUCCUGCUGCUUUGUGAAGAAGGUGCUUGUUUCUUCUUUGCCUUCUGCCACGAUUGCCAUGUGAAUCGCACCCCUGGAACUGUGCAGGGCCCACCUGUGUGGCCACACGCAGUGACCCUGAGCAAAGGAGUGACCACAGAAGUGCAUGGCAAAGCAGAAAGGUGUGACGUCUUGGAGGACGCGGGAGGAAAGCACGCCCAGCGGACAGGAGCCAUCACGCGGCUGCGGGCUGCUGCUGAGAACCUGGCGUGGGCCACCAUCGUCAGCAGCGUGGAGCAGGACCUGGAGACUCAGGGAUGGGAUGAUGCCCUUGGAAGCCAUGAAUAUGCACCUUGGAAUAUCUGGAAGAUCCAGGAAGAUCCCAGCUGAGCCCUCUGCCAGUGUUUGCUGGGGAAGGAGCCUGGGUUUGCAGUCUCUUGGUCCCAGCUGCUGUUGGUCUUGUUCUGUGGCCAUGGGCAAAAUGACCGUCAUCUCCAACCUCAGCAUCCUCUUCCGUGGAGGGGCCAAUGACCACACCCAAAGGUGAUUCUCUCUGCAUUGUUCUCUCUCGACUUUCUUUUUUUUUUUUUUUUUUUGAGAUGGAGUCUCGCUCUGUCACCCAGGCUGGAAUGCAGUGGCACAAUCUCGGCUCACUACAGCCUGUGCCUCCCGGGUUCAAGCAAUUCUCCUGCCUCAGCCUCCUGAGUAGCUGGGACUACAGGUGCGUGCCACCACACCCAGUUAAUUUUUUUUUGUGUGUUUUUAGUAGAGAUGGGGUUUCACCGUGUUAGCCAGGAUGGUCUUGAUCUACUGACCUCAUGAUCCACCCACCUUGGCCUCCCAAAGUGCUGGGAUUACAGGCAUGAACCACCGCUCCUGGCAUUCUCUCUCGACUUUCAACACCACUCCAAUCCCAGCCUGAGGAAAGGCAGGGCUGAGAAGUGCGGCGGGGCUGUGUGCUCAGCCGGCUUUCAGCUCAUCCCGGGAGUGCACGAUGGUGCCUUGCUCACUCAAAUAAUUCAAAGAUGAAGCCAGUUGGAAGUAAUUGUUUAGAUUAAACUCCAUUACCCUUAAUAAAUAAUUGACCUGUCAGAUGUACAGCACUUACAAAGGAGCCUGCUCUUCUGCUCAGAAUGAAUGUGCUCGGAACCAGGGUUUACCAUGCGGUUCCAGGCAGCUUCCCCACACCACUAAUUACAUUCAGACAGAUGAGGCUUCCUAGAGGCGGGAUGUGUGCUUGCAGGUGGAGCUGACCUCAUCUGGCUAUUGUUUCUGAGCAGGUUCGAGUGGCAGAAGGGAGAGGCUUCCCUGGGGGUUGUGGCCAAAAGACCUUCCCCAGGAGCAGGGAGUCCCUUCCCCGUCAUCACACAGGCUGCAGGAGCUCUUGGUUCAGCUGCCAGUUGUCUGUGACUCAGAGGGCAGAGGGUAGAGGUGAAGGGCUCAACACCCCCCAGCUCACCCUCUCCAUGCCCGAUAAGCUCUCUGUGCUCUUAUAACUCAUUGAUGCUGGACAGCUGCCCAGACACACUCAGAUACUGAAGCUGUCCCGUGGGCUUCCUUAGCGGAGGUGGGAUUUGGCUUGUAGGUGACCUAUGCCGGGAGCCUGCCCUGAGAGUGAGGUGAGCUGUCUAGAGUCACAGUGCCCACCAUGGCCUUGAUGGCAGGUGGCCUCCUACCCAGUGCCACUACUGGCCUGCUGUCUGCCUCACCAGGCCCAGGUCAUCACCAGUGACUCGGCCUGGUGGCUGGGAUGGUUCAGGGAGGGAAGUGGCACCGUGUGUACGAGGCACAGAGCAAAGGUUCAGUGAGAAAGUGGAGGCUGACCCAAGCCUCUCCCCAACCCAUGGAGGUAGCAUCUCAGGAAUGGCUGCUGGCAACUGCCGUGCCCUCGGCCAGGCUACAGAAGCCGGCUGGCUGGACCCUAGCUUCUGUGGGUAACUCCCUUGGAGCCAUGGGGGAAUCGUUCCAGGUCCCGACCCAGAGUUUGGUGGAGCCGGUGGUCAGCCCUGCCUCCUGUUUCUCUCCCUGUCCCCCACUGUGUGCAAACAGCACCCAUGGCAGGUGUGGUCUGCAUGUCUGUGUCCCCCCAAAACUCAUAGGUUGAAAUCCUAACCCCCAGGGUGAUGGGAUUAGGAGGCGGGGCCUUUGGGGAGUGAUGAGGCCGUAGGGAUGGAGCCUCAUGAAUGGAAUGAGUGCCCUUAUAAGAAGAGGUGCUAGAGCGCUGCCUGGCCCCUUCCGCCAGUGAGGACACAGUGAGAAGGCACCGUCUGCAAGUCAGGAUGGGAGUGACAUGGUUUGGCUCUGUGUCUCCACCCAAAUCUUGUCUCAAAUUGUCAUCCCCAUGUGUCGAGGAAGGGGCCUGGUGGAAGGUGAUUGGAUCAUGGGGGUGGUUCCCCCAUGCUGUUCUCAUGAUAGCGAGUGAGUUCUCAGGAGAUCUGAUUGUUUAAAAGUGUGGCACUUCCCCCUUUGCUCUCUCUCUCCUGCCGCCAUGUGAGACAUGCCUUGCUUCCCCUUCCCCUUCCACCAUGAUUGUAAGUUUCCUGAGGCCUCCCUAGGCAUGCAGAACUGUGAGUCAAUUAAACUUCUUUCCUUUAUAAAUUACCCUAUCUUUAUAGCAGUGUGAGAAUGGACUAAUACAGGGGCCCCUCACUAGGAGCUGAAUCUGCCGGCACCUUGAUCUUGAACUUCCAGCCUCCAGACUGUGGAAAUAAAUGUCCGUUGUUUGCAAGCCU